AUGAUAUUUAUUAAGAGAAGUCCGAGACUUCUUGGAAGGCUGAGAGUAUUCAGGACUCCUUCUGUAUUGCAACCCAUCAGAUUCAAUUCCAGACUUCCAAACAACAACAAAUCGGACCCAAACAACAAUGACAAACCAGAUGAACCCACCAACAAAUCCGAUGAAGUAUCCAAGACCCAAGACGACAAAUCCGACGUCUCCACAUUCAAAAUCAAACCCACCACCACCGCAUCCGCUCCUGCCCCAAUAGACCCCAGUCUCGGUCUCGAAAAACUCUUAAAAAAGGACAACAAACCAUACAUCCCCAAACUCAAACAUCAACGAGUCAGUUUCGAAUACCCGGGACUCCCUAAUCAGGAUGAAUAUACCAAGCUCGUGGACAAGCCUAAACGAUUCACUCGUUGGACACGAUACAUCCCCAAGAUGUUAACCGCUGUAGCUGUCGUUUGGACAGCAUAUGCUGUAUAUGUAUUCGUACAAGAUCCAGAGGAAGGUGAGAAGAGUCUUGAUUUAUUGGAUCCUAACGAGUUUCAUAAAUUUGUCGUUACAUAUAAGGAACCCAUUGAUGAUGAGCAUAUGUUGAUUGAAAUUAAACCUAAGUAUAAUCAUUGGGAAUAUGCUUAUGGAUCUGAUUAUGAGAAUAAAACGAUUUGGAAUGGGGAAAGGAUCUGGUCAGUGGAGAUUAAACAGCCCGAGAUAAUGGUUGUGAGGUCAUAUACUCCAUUGCCGUUAUAUUUCUUAAAAUCGGAAUAUACCAGAUCUGGAGAACGUAAACCAUUGCUUAAAGUAAUUGACCCUGAUCAUGAUCAUUAUGACAGAAAUGGGACAAUGUGUCUUUAUGUGAAGAGAUAUGGUGAUGGGGAAGUAUCUCGAUUUAUUACAAACAAGGAGAUCGGGGAGGAAUUGGAAUUACGUGGUCCUCGUGUUGAAUAUAAAUUCCCUUAUCAUCCUUUGAAGAAAUAUUAUUCUAGACCGAUUUUCAAAGAUUUGCCAUCAAAAGUUGAGCCUGAGAAUUAUUUGAAUAUUAUUAAGAAAGAUAACAGGCUUCCUGAUUCUGAUAAUAUCGAUUUCUACGCCGGCGGAACUGGAAUAGCCCCAAUUUUACAAGUUUUGUUCUCUAGGAAUCCUACUGUUGGGUUUGUGAAUAUACAUUACUCGGCUAGGAAACCAGGUGAACUCGGUCCAUUACAAAGGUUUAUGUUCUUUUUGGAAAAGCUUGAUAGAAUUAAAGUUCAUUAUCAUUACGAUACUGAUUCAAAAUCAAUUUUACUGGCAAGGGACAUUCAAAAACCCGAAAACCCGAAUUAUUUGAGUCCUUUAAGAUUGGAAGAAAAAGAAGCACUUAUGACUCCACAAGAAGCAGCUAAAUUUAGAGAAGAUAUCAAAUCGGAAUAUAUGGAACAUGAAAACUUCCCUGAAGACUCCCAAGAGAAAAAAUUAAUCACAGAACAGCAUCAAAGAGGUGAAAGAUUUGAUAGUGCUAUAGAGCAAGCAAUGGCAACAAGCAGGCGUCCUAAGAAGAAUGCUAGUCUUGCGCUUGUUUGUGGUCCUGAAGGUUAUAUUGAAUAUGUUGCAGGCGCAAAGAAAUUGGCGCUGAAUGAACAAGGAGAAGUGGCAGGUCUUUUGGGAAAGAAGAAAUGGGAUAAUACAAAUGUGUAUAAAUUAUAG